AAGUGCGUAUGUUGCACAUUCGCCAACCGAUUAUUGUUAGCUGAUCGAUGGUCGUAAGACGCGUUUAGUCGCUACGCAUUUUCUUAUCUAACUCCAACGAAGGUAGCCUUCUAUACCAGUGCGUAUAAAGGUUGCUUCUGAACGAGGCGAUUGGACUGUCGUGCAUCUAUUCAUUUACUAGAAACUGCAUUCUUUUUUUCGGGAGAAGUCGCAUAACCUCAUUUACGACAAUGAAGUUAUUUUAUGUCUUUCUCGUUGCCUUGGCCUAUGUCAGUAACACUCUCGGAGAUGGAUUAAAAUAUAAAAAUCCAAAGGAUUGAGGUCGGAUGAACGUGCAGGCUAUGGAACUGGUCCUUCCCUACCUAUCCAUUUUGUCAUGGUACAAUGAAACCUGCAGAAUUACCAACGUCAUGGGUGGAUAUGGUAGAUCCAUGCAUAAAGAUCAUGGAAUCUCAAGUCAAAACCGAAGUCGAAGCUGCAAUGACUUAUCUUGCAAUGGGUGCUCAUUUUGCACGUGAUACUAUAAAUCGUCCAGGAUUUAGUAAAUUCUUUUUUGAGAGUGCAAGCGAAGAAAGAGAGCAUGCAUUAAAAGUCAUUGAAUAUUUAUUAAUGCGAGGACAACUUACAAGUGACGUUAGUAAGCUUCUUAAGUUUCCUUUGAAACCGAUACGCGAAGAGUGGAAUAGUGGUGUUGAAGCCCUCACUGACGCUUUGAAUUUAGAAGCUCAAGUUACGCGUAGCAUUCGUGAAAUAAUCACAACUUGUGAAAAUCCGAAAACGUUCACUUUCAAUGAUUAUCAUUUGGUGGACUAUUUUACGUCAGAUUUCUUAGAUGAACAAUAUAAAGGCCAACGGGAACUUGCUGGUAAAAUUUCGACAUUGGGUAAAAUGAUGCAAACACACGGAGAGUUGGGAGAAUUUUUAUUUGAUAAGAAAUUAUUGAGUGGUGAGAUAUAAGUGUUUUGAUGAUUAUAAUACUCUUAUAAAUACAUGUAAAAUUAUGGCCAUAUUUAGAAUAUAUAUUAUAUAAAACUCAGACGAUUACAUAUUUGUAUUUUACUGUAGCAAUAUGAAGUUAAAUAACAAAUGAUGUUAUGUAAAACACAUUUCUAAAUAUGGCCUGUAAUAGGAAUACGAGAAACAAAAUGUUUACAAAAUGUUUGUUAAUUCAUAAUAAAUAUAUCUUCCUUAAUA